GAUAUUUACUUAGCACUAAUUCAACAACUACAAAAAUAGUUUUUGCAAUUUGUAGUAUAUCUUUUAGUAGAAUAGUUGAACAUUUUUAUGAUAAUGAACCUAAAAAAAUUAACACAAUGAUCUCUAAUUAUUUGAAUUUUCAUGGAUUUAUAGUUAAAAAAGCUGAAAUAGAGAAUAUAAAAGAUAAUUUAAAAAAUAUUUUAAAUGAACUAUCAGAGAUAGAAGAUCAAAGUGAAAUGAAAAUAGAUGACAUAAAAAAAGCAUUAAAUAAUAUAAUCAAUGAAAAUAAUUUCAAAAGAAUAGAUAAUAUAAUGAAUAUACUAAAUUAUCAAGUAAAAAGACUAAAAAAAAGAUUAGAAGAAAAUAGUUUAGAAAUAAAGACUGAAGAAGAAAUCAAAAAAAAUAAUAGUUUGGAAAUAGAGACCGAAGAAAAAAUCAAAAAAAUAAUAGUUUAG